AUGUCCACUAUUAAGACAGUGGUUGCAGUAGUUGUCAAGAAGUAUUGGCCUCUCUUCCAAUUUGAUGUCAACAAUACUUUUUUGUAUGGUGACCUUGAUGAGGAGGUGUUCAUGAGGUUGCCCCCUGGUUACUCUGUUACUCCCCUUUUCAGUUAUGGCCAGUUGGUAUGCAGACUUCACAAGUCCCUUUAUGGGCUUAGGCAGGCCUCCAGGCAGUGGUAUGCCAUGCUCUCCCAGGCUCUUUCUUCUAGAGGCUACCAUCAUUCUCUUAAUGACUACUCUCUCUUCACUAGAGUUUCUAGGGACUCUAUUGUAGUGCUUGCAGAUUAUAUGGAUUAUAUUAUCCUUACUGGGACUAAUUCUGCUGAGAUUUCUUCUUUGAAGUCUUUCCUUGAUGCUCAAUUUAAGAUAAAAGAUCUUGGUUCCCUCAGUUACUUUCUAGGCAUUGAGGUGUUAUAUUCAGAUUCUGGGGUUCUUUUGCAUCAGAAGAAAUUUGGUCAUUAUCUUCUCUUGGAGUUUCACUGUUCAGAUAUUGCUUCUGUGGUCUGUCCUCUCCCUUUGAAUGCUAAGCUUAAAGCCAAGGAGGACACUCAUCUCCCUAAACCUGAAGUUUACAGGUCAUUGGUGGGCAAUCUCAAUUUUCUUACUAAUACAAGGCCUGACAUCACCUUUGUUGUCCAGCACUUGUCUCAGUUUAUGCAGUCUCCUUGCCUACCCCAUCUGGAGGCAGCUCUCCAUCUCUUAAAAUACCUGCAGGGUACUGCUGAUUUUGGUAUUUUUUUCAAUAAUUCUCCUAAUCUUUUUGUGGCUGCUUAUUGUGAUAGUGACUGGGUUGCAUGCCCUGACACCAGGAAGUCUGUCACUAGGUUUUGUGUCUUGUUAGGGGGUAGUCUGGUUGGCUGGAAGUCUAAGAAACAGCUUGUGGUGUCGAUUUCUUCUGUUGAGGCUGAGUAUAGGGCUAUGAGUAAGGUUGUUGGUAAACUUACUUGCCUGCAUAGGCUUCUUUUGGAUUUGGGAGUCAGUUGUCCUUAUGUUCCCUUAUUUUGUGACAGCCAUGCUGCCAUUCACAUUGCAAAGAAUCCAGUUUUCCAUGAGCGCACUAAACAUAUUGAGUUGGAUUGCCAUCUUGUUCGAGCCAAGCUUGUUGAGGGCCUCAUUCAUCUGUUGCAUACAUCUUCCUCUACUCAGCUCACGGAUAUCUUCACCGAGGACUUGGUUGGAGCUGCUCAUCAUGAUCUUCUUUUCAAGUUGGGGGUGUUCUCCCCCUCCAACUUGAAGGGGGGUAUUGGAAUUACUUAG